GACGACAGGCCGUGCAUCGCCCACAGACAGCACAAGGGAUGUUUGAGGCAGACAGGAGGUUUCAUGCGUAAUCAGUCAGCACGGAACCAGUGAGCCAAUUGGACGAGGAAGUCUGAUUUAAUCAAGGCUUCUUCCUUCCUUUUUAUAAAAUACAGAAUGUGCCUGUUAGAAGAAAACACAGACAUAUUUUUCUGCGUCUUGAAAAUGCAAAGCAGGCUUUUCAUGACUUUGUACAAACUACACAUACACCACAACUAAAAGCUCUUCAGCAGUUUCCAGCAAUAGCUUGCAAUGGACCAAGACUCCCACUGCACAGCAGAAAGGGAACUGUUGGAAGCUGUAAACAGGAUUACUACAUUUUCUACCACAAGUCCAACUGAUGAAGAACAAAACCAACCCAAAGCUGAAAUUUCAUGUCAAGUGAGAAAAGAAAACCCAGAAAAAGAUGACCUGCAAGAUUCCAGGGCAUCCCUAAGUCCCAACUCUUCCAUGACCACCAAGGAGCUUCAGGAAUACUGGAGGAAUGAAAAAUGCCAGUGCAGACAAGUCAAACUCCUUUUUGAAAUCUCAUCAACCAGGAUUGUAGAGCAUCACUUAUCUAAAUAUGUGAUGUAUAAAAUCAUCAUUUUGCAAACAGGGAGUUUUGACAGCAACAAGUCUGUAAUUGAACGACGUUAUUCAGAUUUUGAGAAACUGCACAGAAAUCUGCUGGAGGAGUUUAGUGAAGAAAUGGAAGAUGUGACCUUUCCCAAAAAAACUCUGACAGGGAACUUCACAGAAGAAAUAAUCAAUGAGAGAAAAUUAGCAUUCAAGGACUAUCUGAGACUUCUAUAUUCUAUGAAAUAUGUCCGGAGAUCAAGAAAGUUUAUUGACUUUUUAACAAGGCCGGAGCUUCAGGAAGCAUAUGGUUGCCUGCGGGGUGGCCAGUACACCAAAGCUUUGGAAAUCCUUUUAGAAGUCAUUGGUCUGCAGGAAAGGCUGACAAAAGGCAACCCUGUCUCAGUUGUCCCUACUCUCUGUGCUAUCGUGGUAUGCCACAAGGACCUGAAAAAUGCAGCAAGUGCCUUUGAAUAUGGAGAAAAAGCUCUAUCAUGCCUUCGUGUACAUACCAGCCACAGGUAUUAUAUGCCACUGUUAGAAACAAUGGUCACUUUGGCAUAUGAGCUUGGCAAGGAUUUUCUGUCUUUGCAAGAAAAACUGGAAGAAUGGAAGGCAAAAAAAGAUCCCGUACGGGUUUUUACCCUGAAAGAACUUGCAGUUCGGGAAUAUGUACAAUGAACACAAGAAAAAAAUUCAUUAAAGAACAAAGCUGUCGGGUCCUUUUCCGAAACACAAGCUCUUGAAAGCAUAAGAACUGGACAUCAUCUGUUUGUCUAACAUAACUUUGUAUUAGUAGAAAAAAAUUAAAUCAAAUAUCUUUCAUGUUCAAAAGGGACAUUAACAUUUAUGAUGGAAAAUACUAUAUUUACAGAUAUGAGGAGCAUCUCAGAUUAUUAAGGUUUUUGGAAAGAAAUUUGCAACAAAAAAUCAUUCAUGAUUUGCUUAUUUUGAACAUAGUCAACUCCGUGUGAAAAAUUAGAAUAGGAAAAUACAAUGAAUAAAGCACUUAAGAAUCUUCAGAAUCAGAGGCAUCGCUUGCUCACAUGGAAACUACUUCCUUUCAAGAAGAGAAAUAUCUUGUCAAUCAAUGCAAUCUGUAGAAUUCAUCUUCAGACACUGGAUGUAGUUUGUUACUCUUCCACCUGAAGCCUGGGCAAACAACACUUGCCAUUUCUGAGAAUGGAUUGGUCUGUUCCCACUGAAGUCAACCGCUGUGGGUGGGAGGGCCUGGGCAGAAGGUUUACAAUCAACUUUGAUACGAGCAAAAAAUACAAGUGAUGAUCAUUCCAUCAGAGAGAAGGGAAUAUGCUUGAUUUUCCUUUUGUAGCUGAUAGUUUUAUGACUUGCAUUGAAGGCACAUUCCUGUUUGGGGUGAUCUUUAAGUACAGGUCUGACCAAGGUAGAAAAUUCAUACCACCUGUGCUAUAUACAUAUUGGAAAGGAACCACAGAAGGGUGCUGUUGAGGAGGACAAAUGGCUAUUAUAAUGCUCGCAUUUAAUUCUGAUUAUCAAGCUGUGAGACACAUGGUUAACAGACAGUCUAUGUUAAGCAUCUGCUUCCCCGUUGCCUUUCAGAGGUUUAUGUAAACUGGGCAUUGCCUUAGUUUUACAGCCUGGUACACUAUGCAAAUAUCCUCUUGGUGGUACUGCAAUAUUACAGCUAGUUCUUUCAGGGAUCCAACCCACACAUACAAAUACUAAACUUGUCUUGGCCCUAGCACCUAGCACUCCUGUGAAAGCUUCCUAAAAGCUGAAAAAGUCUCUAUUUACCUGCUUCUGUAAUUUCCUUCAACUCUACUAUCUCCCCCAUACACUUAAUACUUCAGUAAAUUAAUUCUAAUAAAUAUUGUCACUAACAUGC